AUGGCUUUGAAAGUAUCGGUGGAGCUCGACGGAGACCGACUCAAGCUCAAGACACCGGUCCCCAUAAAAGUUGCCCGCGUGAAGGUAAAAACAAAGUUUCCGCUGUACGUCAAUUCAGUGGUACUCACCUAUGAAAGUGCAAAUGAGAUCGGCCGGAUCAAGAGCGCAAAUUUGAAAUGUCCCUUCGGCGGUACUGUGGGCGAGGUGUUCGUCGAGACAAAUACAACUGUAAAUGACGGAGACACUUUGAUGCAACUCAGUAUAUGUUCCCACUCGAUCAGGGACAAGGACGUCUGCGCUGAUUGCGGAGCCCACUUACAGGAGCCAGCCAGCGGCUCCGGUGCAAAUACAGCUUCCGUGUCGAUGAUUCACGAUAAGCCACAGUUACGAGUUAGUGAAGAACUCUCUCGGUCCAUCGGAAGGGAUGAUGAGCUCCGUUUGUUGGCGCUGAAGAAGCUGGUGCUACUCGUUGAUCUCGACCAAACCUUGAUUCAUACAACAAGCGAACCUGUAUACGACAAAAUCAAAGGUGUUCAUCAUUUCCGUUUACCCGGCAGUAGUAAUGCUUGGUAUCACACCCGCAUUCGCCCAGGAACGGAGGACUUCCUGAGAAAGAUCUCUCAACUGUUCGAACUGCACAUAGUCACGUUCGGGGCUCGUCCAUAUGCGAACCACAUCGUUUCCUUGCUGGAUCCGGGGAAGAAAUACUUUCAAUAUCGAAUUUUGACUCGUGAUGAAUGUUUCCACCCUCAAUCGAAGACAGCGAAUCUCAAAUCAUUAUUCCCGUGCGGUGAUCAAAUGGUCUGCAUCAUUGACGACCGCGAGGACGUUUGGAAUUUCGCUUCGAACCUUGUCGCUGUGAAGCCCUAUGUUUUCUUCCGCGGGGCCGGCGACAUAAACGCGCCGGCGGGCUUGCUCGCGGACUGUCAUGCGCUGCCCGCAUCCGAAGGCGGCACAUGUAGCUCAGUCCUGUCCCAUAAAAAUCCCGAAGCUCUCCGCGCGGAUCGAGAAGUGUUGGCAUGUCUUCAGAGUCUCAUAGAACACACGUGUGGUGCGACAGAUGGCUUCAUUGACUAUGAAGACGGAGAUGACUACCUCUUUUAUCUCGAAGAGACUCUCCGAACGAUCCAUCGGGCCUACUUCGAGCUAUACGAGCAGAUGCAGCUUAAGAAACACAGUGAAGCUGUUUCCAUCCCGGACUUAAAGACGGUCAUCCCGUACGUUCGGCAGAAGGUUCUGAAGGACGUGGUCAUAGUGUUCACCGGGUGCUUCCCCAUCAAUCAACGACAGGAGAGUGCCAAGAUCUACUUGGUUGCGAUCGCGCUCGGCGCAAAGGUUCAGAAAGAGUUGAGCAAGGAAGUCACCCACCUGGUCGCCGCUCGACCUGGGACCGCGAAAGUCCAGCAGGCUAGAAAGUUUCGCUCUAUAAAGGUGGUCUCGGCCCAGUGGUUGUGGUCGUGUGCGGAGAGGUGGGAGAAGAGUCCGGAGACGUUAUUCCCUCUGAAAAACGUCCCCCUCGACGCGGGCAGAUGGCGGGCCAGAGGAGGUGCGCCGGAGAAUACUGCUGAAAAAUUCGAAGAGGGGGAAGCCGAUUUCCUCCGCGAAGAGAUGCUGAAGCUCUCGCAGAGAAAGAUGCUCCCGGAAGCGCUAGUUCCAUCCUUCGUCACUGGACAUGACGCUCUAGCCGAAAUGGUCAAAGAAGUCGAUGAUGAGCUUGCCGACGAUGAUGAAGAAGGAGGAGACGAGGACCUGCCCCUGCCGAAGAAGAGUAAGUCCUCUUGACUUGUCGAGAGGCGAACGAUGAAGUGCCCCAACGAUGCCUUCGAGUGGGAUUCUAUCAAAAUCCAUGCUCAAAUAAUGCCUGAUUCUCUCAAAUAAAUAGAGCCCGGGGCAUCAUGCGCGAGGGCC